UGAGUCAAAUGACCCUGUUGUGACUUAAACAUGUGAAUCUUUUCCAGAGACAAGAAAAUGGGUCCCUGAAUUACAAGCAAAAUAGAUAUCUCAACAAAGCAGGUCCGUCAAUGCUGUAACUGUAAUGAGAACCCCAGAAGUCGAUUUGAAACGUUCUCUCUGCCUUAGCCAAAUUAUCAGCUGACCACCAAUAUUUGAUAUAAAUUCCCACUGUUUGAGCAAGCUUGAAUCACCGGACAGCAUUUUUAAGGAGUUUUGAGGAAAUGAGGUUGAUUUUCUCUCUGCUUGUCAGUCUCUUGCUUGCAAGAACGACGUCAGUUCGAUUAAUUGAAGCUGAUCAGCUUAAAAACCCAGUUCUACACCUGCCUUUGUAUCAUGGUAGAGGAAGGCAUGAAUCAGACCUGACUUCCGAGACUUCCCCGCCCUUUUCUGAGGCACUUUCUUUGGACAGGACUCGUGUCAUGUUCCUAAAUUCUAGACUCGCAAAGAAAAACUCGACAGCGGCUCAUCAUAUUGUUGAAAGUAGAGGAUCAUCACGCUUGAUCUAUCCAAAAUCUGUUGAUGUUCCUCUAAAUCCUGGUGUGCCACUUGGUAUUGCAAGUUACUAUACCAAAGUAGGCCUAGGAACUCCACCAACAUACUAUCCUGUGGUCGUCGACACAGGGAGCUCCUUCUCGUGGAUCCAGUGCGAGCCCUGUAAAGUUUAUUGCCACCCACAAAUCGGAUCCUAUUUCAAUCCAUCUUCUUCAAGAACUUAUCAGCAACUAUCAUGUGACACGACACAGUGCUCUGCCCUGGAAGUAGCCACUCUCAACAAUCCCAGCUGCACUUCUUCAAACGUGUGCAUAUAUGUAACUACUUAUGGGGACAUGUCCACUUCUAUCGGAUACCUUAGUCAAGAUUCAUUGAGCCUAGGCAGGGGACAGGUUCUGCCUAAUUUCGUGUUCGGGUGUGGACAAGACAAUGAAGGCCUAUUUGGAAGAUCAGCCGGUCUGUUUGGCCUAGCGCGGAACAAACUAUCUUUGUUUUCCCAGUUGUCUACCAAGUACGGUAACGUAUUCUCUUAUUGUCUCCCAACAAAUUCACUCCUGGGAAAAUUUGGCAGUGGAGGUUUUCUUUCCAUUGGAAAAACUUCUACAUCUUCGUACAAGUUCACUCCAAUGUUGUCUGAACCUCGGGAUCCUACCUUGUACUUUCUAAAGCUCUCAGCCAUAUCAGUGGCCGGAAGGACACUGGGCGUGGCAGCAUCUGCCUACAGUGUCCCUACAAUCAUAGACUCGGGUACAACCAUAUCGCGCUUAACCACAUCAGUAUACAAGGCCCUUAGACAUGAGUUGGUUCGGAUCAUCUCAUCCAAGUAUCGGGUUACAGUAGCGUAUUCAAUACUCGACGCCUGUUUCAAAGGGACUUCUGAUGAGAUAAUGAAAAUUGUUCCUAAGGUUCAGUUGAUCUUUCAAGGUGGUGCUAAUCUUGAUCUUACACCACAUAAUGUUAUUUUAGAAGUCGAAAAAGGUACGACGUGUUUGGCAUUUGCAAGCAACUCUGAGCAGAGCGAAAUCGCCAUUAUAGGCAACCAACAACAACAGACAAUUGAAGUUGUUUAUGACCUUUCCAAUUCAAGAAUUGGAUUUGCAGCUGGAGGCUGUCAUUAGCGAACAGCCCCUUUGCUUGGAUCUUACAUAUAAGUCGAAUGUUGUGUGCUUAAUAUGUUUAUAUGAUUAUUGAUGUAUAAAUGUACAUGUGAUUGUGUAAAAUUACCUUGCAAGAUCAGUAUGUAACUUCCACUUCGUUGGAAUAAAAAAUGUAUCCUAUAAUUUUA